AUGGAAAUAGUAAAACAAGAAUUAGAGGUGCCGGUAGAAUAUUUAAAAUGCACAGAUGGAAGAAUUUCUGCGACUGUGCACAGACGUUGGCUUGCUAGUUUUUCAAGUGUCGGAUGUGUACAAUUUAUUAAACAUGAACGACUUUCCUCUGAGGAAAUAGCAGCACAACCUUCUCCUGAACAAUUAGGAUCCAAUUGGCUACAAAUUUAUAUCACCAUUUACGAAAAGCAAAAUAAAAAUACAAUUCCGUUACCAAGAGGAAGACACGCUGGAAGCUUAAAAACGCAAACAGAUCUCAUAUUUGCUCAAGUAUUGCACUACGUAGCCGAUACAAAUUACCGAAAUUUAUGGAAAGAAUCAUACAAAAAGUAUUACAGUCCGUGGACUAAUUUCGAGCAAAGGGAUCAAUUAAACGUAAGCGCAAACACGACUGAUGUACAAGUAAUGCAAGAGAUACUAACUCGAAUUUAUGGUUGUACGAUAGCACAAGUUGAAAAAGGUAAAAUAACGUCUUUAAGACCAGGCUUGGAAUCACAAACGCACUGUAAUUUAUUACCUGUGCUAUUUGCAAUCGAAACGCAUUCUGCUUUUUUAAUAUUACAUGAUCAAACAGCGCAAUAUUCCCUUCGAGAAUGUGUUACCUUCAGUCCUGCGGCAUUAUCCACGUCCUACUCAAAACCGCUGUUUCUUGUAUAUCAGCUGCUUCGCCUCUCUAGAGAUCUGCACGAUCUUGGCCUUGUACUUGGUGAAGUCACGCUUAGCGAUAUAUUGCUUAUGGAUAAUCUUACUAUACAGGUGCUGCCUAAGUUAAGUGACAAUAUUUACCUAUGGCCUGAUUCUAGUCCCGUGACUGCCUCAGCGACAAAGAGCAAAAAUUUUUCGAAAUAUUUUGAUUCAUCCAAAGAUACUAAGGCACAAGCCGGAGAGCCAGGAACUCCAGAAUUUGGUGCUAAUGAAUGUAUCGAAAGACUCUGCGAAUUUUGGGUCCAUGGUGUCAUUAGCAAUUUCGAUUACCUGACUGCCCUUAAUAAUUUAGCUGGCAGAAGAUACGGCGACCCCAGUUGUCAUCAUGUGAUGCCCUGGGUUACCGAUUUCUCGUCAAGAUGUGGAGGAAAUUGGAGAGAUUUGACGAAAUCUAAGUUCCGAUUGAAUAAAGGAGAUCGGCAACUAGAUCUUACUUUUGACUCUGAAUCUUCAGAAGUGGGACAUCACGUUUCGGAUGUUCUGUCGGAGAUUACCUACUAUGUAUACCUUUCUCGAAGAUAUUCCAGAUCUGUUUUGUGCAAACACGUUCGUCCUCUUUGGGUUCCGGGUGAAUAUCCAAUUUCUAUUCAGAGAAUGCAUAACUGGAGUCCGGAUGAAUGCAUUCCACAAUUUUUCAAAGACCCGAAUGUCUUUAAAUCGAUUCACGAAGAUUUGCCGGAUUUGGGAAUUCCUGCUUGGGCGACUUCUCCAGAAGACUUUGUGGAAAAACAUCGGGAAGCUUUAGAAAGUUUAUACGUUUCGGAAAGGUUGCAUCACUGGAUAGAUUUGACUUUUGGAUAUAAACUUUCUGGAUCAGCAGCAGUAAAGGCGAAAAAUGUGUGCUUACAAUUGGCAGAUAAUCACACAGGCCUAACAAACUCUGGAGUCGUUCAAUUAUUCACACUACCUCAUCCCCAAAAAAUCGUCCCCUCUCCCUAUUGGAGUAAGUCUCCUCCAAGACUCCGAUUAGCAAAUCUAAGUGGAAAACCAGGAUUAAAGUUUGACCGUUCUGUUGAAAAAGGGAGUGAAGAUGACGACCACAGUUCUGGUAUCGAAGAAGAAGAAAUCCAAGUUGCAGCUUCAAGCCUUGCGAGAUCCUCUCCCUUGGCUCUGAGUCGGUUACUCAGCAGGUCUCGUGGAUCUUUACUAUCAACGGAGGAUGCCGCCAAGCUCGAAAAAACUAAUUCUCAGACAAUUGUCUUGCCUAAAGAUUAUAAUCCAAUCUCCGCGCUUGUCCAGGUGGAGACUAUGCAUUCAUUUAUAAAUAAAGUCAGUCAGAAAACAUACUCGCCGAAAAUGACAACUUCAGGCGGCGCUGCAAACUACAAACAGGUCGUAGCAUGUCGAAGAAUCAAGGAGCAGCAAAUCCUUGGUUGUCUCAUCGUAGAAAUAUUUCUCUCUGGAAAAUUUCGUGCAACCUGGAAUACUGAAAGAAACUCUUUUGAAAAUCGACUCGCUGUUUGUCUAAACACUAUAAAAUCAUCACCAGAAGCCUUGCCAAGAUGCAUCAGGAACGCAGUAGCGUUAUUACUACAAAUAGAUGUGUUACCAAAGAUUUCCAAUCUUGAUUCUACUGAGUCUAAUGGGCGAUUAGAUUCCAGUGAAAUUCCCUUUCGAUAUCCAACUGUAACCCACAUGGGGCUUCCACCUCCUUCGGCUCAUCAGUUUCUUCAGCCUGUUCUCUCUGGAAGUCUUUUUCCAUCAUCAAAAUACUUUCAUCACCUCUUUAACGUAGUGGAGAUGAUUCAGGAAUACAAUCUUCUUGUAAGAGAAUUAAAUUUUAUUACUCACAGUGGAGAAGAGAGUGAGGCUAUGAACAGGACGAGGCUUAAAUAUUUGUGUAAAAUCAGUGAGUGCAAGGUGAAAGCAGUUGCUCGGGAACUGGAGCGGCUUUUGUCAAAUGAUGGAAUUGCUAGGGAGGCGAAUUUGCAGAUGAUUGUGCCGCAUGUGAGACAGAUUAUGGAGGAACCCCAUAGUGCAGUUCUUGCUGCUUGGCAUCUUUUUGAUCCAAUUGCUAGAGCGUUGGGCCCAAAGGGCACGGCAGACGUCUUUCUAAUUCCCAUAGUAAGAUUAUAUGAAAAUGGGUCUGUUAUGGAUGCUUUGUCUUUGACUGAUAUCCUUCCUUUGGGGUCGCUAGCGAAAUUUAAAACGAUGAGACUCUACCAUCGAAGUUUUCUUUUAAAAUUAAUGGUCAGGUUGGGUCUACGUACAUUUUUAGAAAAUUUUAUUACGCCGUUGGUAGAAGCUGUAGGUGGCUAUCGAGAUCACCUAAUGGGAUCUUCGAUUUCUAAUGUACAUAGGACGAUAAAUCUUAAGACUUGUGAUUUAAGUGGGAGUUGUGGAGAUGGAGAAGCAAUUUUGUCUCCCCUGGAUGAAGAUUCCUCUGUUGAGUCGGAAAAUAAUGUAUCGAAGGGUUGUGGAAGUCAAACUCGAAGUUAUUACAUGAGCAGUUCUGCCAAUGAUAAUGCUGAUGAAGAGGUAUUUACAAUGGACGCAGAGGAUCCUUUAUCGCCAUCGGGAAGUAAUACUUCAAACUACAAUCCUGAUUUUCAGAUCGAACUGACUUUAAAUCUCAAUGAGGAUCUUAGUGAAGACACUUUAAAGGGCUCACCAUCAAGUUCCGUACAAUCUCCCACAAUUCCAAUACCAAAGCGAUUAGACAGCAGUGCAAACAGAUCUGUGAUAGACUUUAAUAGCAUUAGUUGCAACGUAGGAAGCAAAACUUCCAGUGAAGAUGCUCCUUUCGGAAGUUCAUUUACCAUGAGUAUUCCCGAAGAAGCUUUAUCUAGCAAAAUUCAUUCAGAAAAUGUUGAAGUUUCUCACCCUUCCAUAGCGCGAGAGGAAGUCACUGAAAAAUUGAGAAAUGAAAAAGAUGAUGACGUAGAAGUUGAACAUAGCCAAAGGAAAUUUUCUCCUGUCGAAUGCAAAGUUUCAGAAUUGAGUACAGAAUCUGUGAUCUGGUUAUCUCAUCGACUUGGUCCUGUUUUAACUGCGAGGUAUUUAUCUCGCAAUCUUUUGAGGAUGCUAACUCUCUGUUAUGCAGGAAGAGAAAAUCUGUCACCAACAGCAAUCGAAGAUAGUGAAACUGGAGAAGAUCGUGAUUGGGCAAUUGUAUCUGGAGAUAUUAAUGCCGCAAAAAUUUUGGAAUGUCUCUCUGCGAUCGUAGGACUGUAUGGAGAACAAAUCGUGAUAUUACAAUAUUUUGCUCAUGCUGCUGAACUUUUGGUUCUCUGCAAGCGAAAACUGACUCCGAAUUUUGAAGGAGGCUUAGUCUCGUGCCUUUCUCUCGUAAUUAACAUUACUUCUUACCUCAGUGAUUCUACUUUAAUGGACACUCUUCAUGAAACAAUUGUGAAAGCUAUUUUGCAUCCCAGUAUUAGAAUACUAUCGACGACGAGAUAUGCAUUUCCUAAUGGAGCAAUAGCUCGGGCAACAUUGGCUGAAAAAUAUCUCCAAGCACUGUAUAUACUUAGUGCACGUUUGGGAGUAGUAAUUACUAAAAGUCACUUGGCGGUUCCGAUCCAAAGAUUUUUUCUCGCUUUUGAUAAAGUUUUUUAUAUAAGUAAUAAUGAAGCGAAAACUGUAAGUCAGAAGUUUUCUGUGAAAGAUUAUGAUGAAAAGAAUAAUACUUUGUCUCCUAGUAAUCCAGGGGAAGGGACUGCUGUAGAAUUCACGGAUUCUUACUCUCCACCGAUUAUAGAAAGCGACGAGGCUCUCGAUCCUCAGAGAAAUAAAGCGUUCGAAGAAUUAAAGAUUGUUUUCACAGCCGAGUUAGCACACAAGGCUUACGUUCUUUUUUACCGUUUCUUUGGAGACGGCUUUAUGGAACAAAUUCUAAAGAAUAAUCAGUUAAUUCGAAUCCUUUGUCAGGAUCACGAACAGACAAUGCGGUUAACAUCACCUGCCUCUGAUGAUACCUAUAACGACGUCUUCUUUGUCGAGAGUGAAGAUUUCGAGUAUCAAGAUGGCUUCGAUAAGGAAACUGGUUUUGGAAAUAUUGCAGUGAUUGGAAAUCGAAUCGAAGUACAGAAGGACAACUUUUCACCUAAGUCGCAAUCAUUUUCUGAAGGAGCAGCUGCAAUGCGGGAAGCAAAUUUAACAACGGGUCGACAAUUGCGAGGAAAUUGGCUGGCUUAUUGGGAACAUGAAAUUGGCAGGCCAGACAAAGAUACAACUUUAAAUAUCAAGCAAAUCAAGCUUCAAACUUUCAGUGGUCAUGGCAAUAGUAUCAGAGGCAUUUGCGCUUUAGACAAUGAAAAUAGUUUCAUGAGCGGCUCAAGGGAUAAAACUGUUAAACUCUGGAGUUUGAGAAGCCAGGGAGAUGGAAGUACCGUUUCUUCUUGCCAGUAUACAUACACGGGACAUAAAAAGUCCAUUUUAGGGUUAAUAUUUCUUGAAUCUUUGAGGUACGCAGUCUCCUGUGAUGGGAAUAUUCAUUGCUGGGAUCCCUUCAUGGGCUCGUUACUGGGAUGUCCAGAAAGUCCUCGCCCAGCGCCUGUUAAUACUCUUGUAGCAAAUCCUGCCCCUUCGACUACAAUACUCGCUGCCACCACCGAAAUCACUUUGAGAGUAAUUGAUUGCAGAACAUUCCAAUACGUAAAUGAAAUGAAGGUGUCAAUGAACCCUACGGGUCUGAUAAGAUGUAUUGCUGUGGCUCCAAGUGGAAACUGGGUAGCUUUAGGCCAAGCUUCUGGUUUCCUAACUAUUUUAGACAUUCGUACUGGACUUAUUAUUGCCUCUUGGAAAGGCCACGAUUGCGAAAUUUUGCAGUUACAAGUUUUAAAUGAAACAACGCUGAUCAGUUCUUCUCUGGAUCAGACGAUAGCAGUAUGGAGUGCAUCUGACGGAAAAUUGAAAUUUCACAUGAAGGGCGUUACAGAACCAGUUCAUUGCCUUGCUGUUUAUGAACAACAACUCGUCACCGGAACAACAGCAAAUCGCAUCGGUGUUCACGCUUCAAUAGACAUCACUGCCCCUUAUUCAUCCUCAAAGUUAAGAUCAGAUGCUUUUAAAGGCAUCCUAACUUCCAUGACUGUUCUAUCUCUUAACAGGUUAUUGCUCUUGGGAGCAGACAAUGGCAUUAUUACUUUACUAUGUUAA